UUCUUGCCGCCCGGAUCUUUCCAUGAUAAGUGCUGAAAUCCUGGAGCUGUUGGACCGCUUCUCCUCCUCUCCUCCUCCUCCUCUCCGCUCCUCCUGGUUCCUCCCUCCAGUUUUUCCUCCCUCCUCGCUGAAAUGUUGAGCCGGGGGGAAGUUCUUGGUUCCCCCGGAAGGACGCGGCGGUUCCUCCUCUAACGGUCCGAUGUUAGCAGGGCUGCUAGCCGCUGAGCAGCAGCAACGCUCCUCUCCUCAUGGAGAGCGGUUCCUUCUCCGGGUACUCCUGGCUCGACUUCUCCUUCUCGGUGGUGGGGGUCUGCACCUUCCUGCUGGACUGGUGCUCCGACCUGUGGCUGGCCAGAGAGUUCUACUGCCGGGGGGAGCUGCUGUGGUUCGGGGUGCUGCUCAGCCUCAUGCUCCUCUCCUCUAUGGUGGUCCAGAUGUUCAGCUGGUUCUGGUUCCGGUACGACCGGGAGCUGCCGGGCUUCAUCCAGCAGGCUGCGGGGGAAGGAAGGAUCCUCUGCGCGGACCGAGGGAGGGUGUUCUGCCUGCUGCAUGUUCUCCAGCUGGGCUUCCUCUGCAGACACUUCUCCGCAAUUCGCCAGGGCUUCAGGGUGUGGUGGAGGAAGGAGGAGGGCUCCGAGUACGCCGUCUACCUCACGCACGACCUGAGCAUGCUGCGUCUGAUCGAGACGUUCUGCGAGAGCGCCCCUCAGCUCAUCCUGAUGAUCUACGUCAUGCUCAGCACCAACCAGGCCAGAACGGUCCAGUUCGUGAGCGUCGCCGCCUCCACCAUGUCCAUCGCCUGGAUGGUGGUGGACUACCACCGCUCCCUGCGCUCCUUCCUGCCUGAUAAAGCCAAGCAGCGCUGGGGCCCCUCGCUCAUCUACUUCCUGUGGAACCUGCUGCUGAUCGGCCCCCGCGUGGGGGCCCUGGCCCUCUUCUCCUCCGUCCUGCCCGUUCUCAUCGCCCCUCACUUCCUGCUGCUGUGGCUGGUGUUCGUGGUGUGGGUGUGGAAGCAGAGCACCGCCUUCAUGGACAGCGCCGGCGGGGAGUGGCUGUACCGGGCCACCGUGGGCCUCAUCUGGUACUUCAGCUGGUUUAACGUGGCCGAGGGCCGCACGCUGGGCCGCAGCCUCAUCUACCACUCCUUCAUCGCUGUGGAUGUGGUCAUCCUGCUGGCCACCUGGUGGAGCUACAGAGACCCGGUGCAGAGCCGGGCGUACGGCCUCAUCCUCAUCAUCAGCCUUCCUCUCGCCUACCUGCUGGGUCUCCUCUUCAAAGUCCUUUACUAUCGCUGCUUCCACCCCAAACUGUUCAGGCCCCCGGACAGGGAGCCCAGGCUGCCCCACGACCUGCCCGACGCCGACGUCACCUUCAGGAGCCUCUCCGUCCAGGACGUGGAGCCGGUCCCCCUGCUGCUCAACCGGCGCAUGGCGAGCCAAGCUGCUCGUUUCUACCCCGCCAGGCGAACCGUCGAGACCUCUGAUGUCACCAGCUGAGCUGCAGAGAUCCUCCAUCUUCCUGUUUGUGGUCCGUCUGCAGAGACCUGCUGCAGCAGCACAGACAGACGGGAAGAAGCUCUUCAUGGACAAAAGCUA